CCAGGGGCCCCCGAGCUCUCCUUUAGCUUCCCCAUGCCCCUGUCGCCGGUCCCUGGGGGCACGUUCUUUUGCUCUUUGCACCCUGCGCGGAGUAGCCAGGUCGCCAGGACCCAGAGUUGGGAAAAUCAUAAGAUGACGGCAAGAUUUAGCGGCACACUCCCGGCCGGGAUCCCGUACCGUGAUUGGAGGGAACCUUGCGGCCGCUCUCUGGACCCGUUUCGAAACGCUGGGCUCGGUGCUGUGGGCGACGCGUUGUGCGAGAAACCCGACAGCCAGCGACCCAGCACCCAACGACCCAAACGCCCGAGCGACCCAGCGACACCAGACACACCAGGCAUCCUCUGCAGUGGUGGUGUGGCCCUGGCUGCUUUUGUUUCAGGUACGCCUGUUCCUGUUGCAACGGGAGAGGCAGAGCUGCCAGAAACCAUCCAAAAAAAGAAGAGGGCUGGCUUCUUGAGGACGUGCGUAUCCGGAACCCAUGGCGGGAUGACGGGAGAGGAAAGAGAAGCUCGGUAAACCGACAGGAAAAAGAACGCACAGAGAGCAGAAGGAUGAUGACCAGUCAAUCAGUCAGUCAGUCGGUGUGAGAGCAAGGGGGAACAAGGAGAUCAAGGAGCAAGGAGACGACGGAGUCUGGCUUUCUUCCGUCUUUGUCAUGCGUACACGCCCCCCUUUAUUUCCUUGGUGUGUUGAUUUUGUUUUGUUUUCCGCCGACGCAUGCUUCGGAAGUUAGGAG